CAGAAAACAACAUAAGCUGACACGAAAACCAUCGUCACCUUUAUAAAGAACUACCAUCUUCUUCUUCGAUGUUUCUCAUUUUUAUGAUCUCUAACUUACUUUCAUCUUCAGCUACCCAAUCUUCAAUUCCAAUCACCAAGUCAAAUUGUUCAGCACAUUACUACCCAUCUGGAGAUUUUGCAGUUUCUAAAUGUUAUGAGCUCUUUGGCCCCCUUCGAAAAUCGUGCGUAAUCUGAAAUCAUGAAGAACAAGUGAAGUGAUGGCCACAGCAGAAGUGAGGGCUGUGUGGCAGAGAGCUGUUAAUCGUUGCUUUGUUCAAGAAGACGCAAAAAGAGCUCCUAAGUUGGCUUGUUGUCAAUCUUCACGUGCAACAUCGAAAUUGUUUGAUUUUGGAGCAGCCAGUGCUGCUGAUGAAUCUGAUCAUGCUGAUGUUAAUGUCACCCUUUUUAACCACAAAUAUUCUUUUUCCAAUGUGACUCCUGACUCAAGAUGGUGGUUGCAAUUGCAACCUGACUAUUGUAUUAAAAAAGGAUUAACCUGUGAACAGUUAAAUGCAUUAGAGGACGAACUUCAAAUUUUGAAAGCUAGAAAUGGAAAUAAAAAAAGAAAAGAUGCUUGUAGCUUUGGUGACGACAAGCAUGGCUAUAUUUAUUCCAUGGAUGGUGUGGUAGAGGCAUGUAUUGAAAAGUCUUCAGAAAAUUCUGAGCAAGUGGAUAUGAUGGCUAAACAUGAGACAAUGGAUAUUGAUUCUGUAAGCUGUUCAGUGUCCAAGAAAACUAAUGAUUUCUCCAUGGAUUCUGAGUAUUCGUUGAUUGGAGUUGAGAAGGCACAACCAUGGUGGCAAACUAGAGAUAGAGAUGAGUUAGCUUGCUUUGUUUCGCAUAAAUCACUCGACCAUAUCGAGAAUUGUGACCUUCCACCUCCUCGGAAGUAUCUCAGUGGACAACCAGGCAAUGAUACCACUGAUAUCAAAAUAAGAACAUCAUUUGACAGCGAAGCCUUUUCCAAUUUCAAUGUUCAAGCAAAGGGAAGUGUAGAAUCAGGAUUAAUGCAGAGGAGGUUGGGGCCUUCAACCAUCAAAGGGAAUUUACAUUCUGAUUUUGACAUAUACUCCAGUUACCUCACAGAACAAAUUUUUGAAGAAGACCCCAGCAAAGUUCAACUUAUGGAAGCAUUGUGUCAUUCUCAAACACGUGCGAGAAAAGCAGAGGAGAUAGCUAAACAAGCUUGUGCUGAGAAAAGGCACAUUAUUGCACUCUUCUUUAUGCAGGCAUCACAACUUUUUGCCUAUAAGCAAUGGUUUCAAGUGUUGCAGCUAGAGUCUCUUAAAAAUCAGCUUGAGAACAAGGAUCAGCCAACUACUAUCUUCCAAGGUAUCAAACUUGGCAAGAGAAAGCAAAAAAUUGGCAAUGCCAAACAAGAAAUUCUUGAAAAGCCAAACAUUACAACAUAUGCUGUUGCAUUUGCUUUAGGAUUGAGUCUUGUUGGGGCUGGCUUGCUUUUAGGAUGGACUGUAGGAUGCAUGUUACCUUGUUCAUAGUUUUCUAGCAUUUAGAGUGAAGUGUUGCCUUGCAUGAAGACUAGUUAAUAGAGUAAAUUCACUAAAUUAUAGAAAGAAGAGCAAAUAGUUAUAUUAAA